CCGAAUAUUAUUUGCAUGGCUCUUCACGCACACUAAAUCCAGUUCUGUCGGUGGCUCGACAGAGGAUUCAUACUUCAAAUUAUGACGCCUUGCGGAUAUUUCAUGCUAAUCCCCAGGAGAACGGAGAAUCAAAAUAGCAAAAUGAUAAUGGUAUACAAGAUUGGUCCUGCUUGGAUCUUACUGGUAUUAUUGCUCAGCAUUCUAAGGGUCGCAUCUUCAUCACAUGUGUUGAAGUAUCAUACCGAAGGUGCCUUGGAAGUACGGAGAAGAGAUCUUGCGGACAUGAAUAAUGGUGUUAGUAUGAUGAGGCGACGUGGCUUAACGCAAGACUUCCCAAAUCAUGGAAUGAAUAGUACAUCAUCAAGUCCUACAUUCGUGACCCGCGCUUUUCAAAGCGUCAAGAAUGGAGUUGGAGCAUUUGGUCGUGCUGUGUCUCAUGCAGGACGAUCGCUGGGAAAACAAGUCAAUCGGGUGAAGUCGUAUGCAAAAGCUGCCGCUAAUCCGUUGAAUACAGGCUCUAGCUUUACCAAAGAUGCAAUGAAGCAAGGUCAUUUUCGCAGAAAGAUGAAGUAGUUUCAAAACUGAUGUGAAGUCAAGGCAAGAUCCGGUCAUCUAUGCCUUCUUUCAACAAUCUCAUGCGAGUUGGCUUUCCAUGCUUUUUUCAACAUGAUUUGGCCUCGAUAUGCUAUUGCUCUGAACGCAAUUAGCCCGUCUACUACAGCCUUUGCGUAUGCAUGUGUAUAGUAUGUAAAUUUCAAUUUAUCAUCCUAUCUUUCAAAUGGAAGUGUGAUCCCCGAUAAGCAAAUUCUGCAUUUACAGUGGCUUGCUGGAUUUUAUUUGGAGAGUUGCAAACGUUCAACGGGGCAAGAUGGAGCAGGUCUUAACAAUGCAUGCGGGAUACAUUUUCACGAUCAAUUCACGGUGCUUUUGGGGC